UGCAAGAGAAGAGGCUAUUUGUCUAGCAUCUCCCACCUUUUAGACAAGUGAAGUUUCAGAGUCUUUGUGACAAUGAGCUUUGUUUUCCGAGGUAGUAGAGGAGAUAUUGAGAGCGGGUUUUCAGGAUUUAUUCAUGAACGUCCUGCCGUGCGUAUACAUGCAUCUCGGCCUGUUAAUUCCAAUUCACUGGCCUUCUUUGUUACAGUUCUUUUGUUAUUCAUGAUUUUAAACUCUCACCAAAUGUCUCCAAAUUUUCUGCUUUGGCUAGUAGUAGGCAUCUUUUUAAUGGCUACUAGCCUUAGGAUGUAUGCAACUUGUCAGCAACUUCAAGCUCAGGCUCGAGCUCACGCUGCUGCAGCUAGUGGUUUGCUUGGUCAUACCGAGUUGCGUUUGCACAUGCCACCAUCAAUAGCUUUUGCUACAAGAGGACGCUUACAAGGACUAAGACUCCAACUUGCCCUUCUCGAUCGUGAAUUUGAUGACCUAGAUUAUGACACCCUGAGAGUGUUGGAUGAUAAUACUUCCACAAGUCAUUCAAUGAGCGAGGAAGAUAUAAAUGCUUUACCUGUGCACAAGUACAAGGUCCAUGGCCCGGAGAGUGCAGGAUCAUCAUUGCAACAGGCAUCUUCUUCGUCAGUCACAAUUGAGCAAAAGCAAGAUUCCCGGAAAGGUGAUGGGAACAUGAAGGCUUCAGAUGAUGAACUAACUUGCUCUAUUUGCUUGGAUCAAGUCAAUGAGGGGGAGCUUGUUCGGAGCUUGCCAUGUUUGCAUCAGUUCCAUACCACCUGUAUUGAUCCAUGGCUGCGGCAGCAAGGCACAUGUCCAGUAUGUAAGUUUAGAAUGGGGUCGGGAUGGCAGGAAAACAGGGAGAGUGAAUCAGAUGAUUCGGACAUGGUUUAACUCAACUCCCCUGGUAAUACAAUCCGAAGUAUAUAUUUACAUUAAACAUUAAUUUUUCCGGAGAUCCAUCUUCAGAUCUCCUUUAGGAUUGGAAUCUUAUCUAUCUUCGGCUCCAUGGAAGGAACUGAGGUUAGAGUUUCAUCAUGCUUAGCCUUGUACAUUUAACUUCUCUUUGACUUAUGCUGUUUCUUGCCCCAUCAGUGUUAGGGAUUAUCGGGGUCGGCAAUCCCGACAUCCGAGCAUGUAGUUGACUGGAAUUUAUGCAAUCUCAAUGAGACUUUUCAUUUA